AUGUCUUCCCACGUAACCUCUGUGAACCACUCCAUGGAGAGUACCAGCAGCAGUCUGCAGCGCUCUGGUCUCGGCAUGAGUGUUGGGGAUACAAAGUCCAUCGUUCUCGCAUUACAGGCACUGCAGGAGAAAAUACGCCGACUCGAACAGGACCGCAAUCAUCAUCAAGAUCAGUAUGAGAAGGCACUGCGGGCUCACGAGGUAUAUAAACAAGAUGUCGAACAUCAGUUGGAACAAGAACGGGCGAAUCAUCGACAACGGGAAAAGGAAUUGCAAGAGAUGGUGCAACGGGCCAUAGCAGAGAAAACAAGACUUCAAACUACAUUAGAGGAAAGUAGAAAAGAUUUGGGGACAUUUCGUACAGAAUUAGAGGAAAUGCUCGCAAAGGAAUGUGAAACUGCACAAAAACGGGAAAAUGCUUUAGCUACUGAAGUGGAAAAAUUACGCCAGGAAUUACAAGAAGAACAAAAACGACGUCGUACACUUCUCACCUCUAUUGAAGAGCUUCGUGUUGAGAAAGAGGCAGCACUUGACAGAAACCUUCAAUUGGAACAAGCCAUAGGGGAAAUAACACAUACCCGGGAAGCAAAUGGAGAAAACAGAUCACAUUUACGUAAUGGAGAUGUCAGUCGAUUGACAUCAGAGAGACAUAAACGUAAUAGUAGUAUGAGUGGACGUCGUCGUUGUGUGGUUCGUCAAGGUAGCAAUGGGGUGAAGUAUACAUUCGAUCAUGUAGAUAACUCCCAUCGAUCUGGUAAUACCCGACAGAGGGAGAGUCGACCAUCUUCUGCACUUCGAUCCAACAGUGCGAGACAUACAUAUAGAGAUCCAACGUAUUCUUCUAUUCAACGUGAUAUUCGACAAGGCGGUGUAGGCCACAAUCAAGAGGGUAAUGCCACCAUCACGACUAGUACAGUUCCUGUUCCCACACCUCACGGCGGUGAACAGGGACGACCACACUCCCGUUCUGCCAUGGGCGUGACGCCUCGCACCCAACCGACGGUUGCACUUGAAGGCGGAAGAAGAAAUGAUGCCAUUGCCGAAGUCCGCCAGGAACUGCAGGAUGAGUUAAAUGGUCUUCACCAGCAAUAUAAGGAAACGGUGGAGCGGGCCGCACGCGAAGAUAUUUCCCCGGAGGUCGUCACCGCCACGUUGAGUCGACUCGCCAACGUGAUGGACCGCAAGGCGGAACAAAUCCGGUUGAUUGCGGAGGCCCAACACGACAUGACGGCGGCCGGCGUCGCGGUGGAGGUGCCGACCUCGCGGCCGACGAGUGCCCCGCGGCGGGCCUCACCGCCGGUGGGAGCCGACAAGACCACGCAGCGCAAUCUCAUCGUGAAUGAACUCCGCUCCAUUUUCUCGCAGCAGCAGCGCCUGUAG